GCAUAAAUAAUUGAGGCAAUACAAUCAUUUACAACGCACUUUAACUUGAAGCAGAGAAAAUGGGUCGUGGAGUUUGCAGUGGAGGGGGGCAAAGCUCAUUGGGAUAUCUGUUGGGGGGAGCCUCUCUUCCCACAAAAGACUCCCCUUCCAACAUUCACAACAGCAAGCCCAUUACAAAUAACUAUCAAAGGGUAGAUGGGCAAAACAGUGGGAAUUUCAUCACUGAUCGGCCUUCAACAAAAGUGCAGAGUGUACCAGGUGGAGGGUCUUCUCUGGGCUAUCUCUUGGGAGGACAGAAAUGAGAAGCUAGACCAUUAGGGAUGUGCUCAUCGUUAUCAUAUAUGAUUUGGCUUUGGGUAGUACUGUGUUCAUGUCAUUUGCUGAAGUUAAUCUCUUCUGGAUUGUUAAAUGUAAUAAAUGCUUGCUUAUAGUGGUAUCAGUCCCUAGAAAUUGGGCAGGAGGGAAACAUAAAUCUUGCAAGUAUAUAUCUCUUAUCUUUGAGGUAUUGAAGCACUCAAUCUGCAAAGAGAUUUGUCUGUUGUGCAUUCACAAAAGCAUACCGCACAAUAUGAAUUGUUGAUAGUUAAUGCAAUAAAUAUUUUUUCAAUAA